AUCGCCAGUCGCAGCCGUUUCAGUAUCGUGGUAGCUCUUGAUCGAUCAGAACAGGGCAGCUUCGUGUGAUCGUGCCAUAUAGAAGUGGCCUCCUACCACCCCUGUCUACUCGGAACCCUUCAUCGAGAACGACGAAACCAGGAUUAGCUAGCUGCAUCAAAGCAACCAUGAUGAUGUUUCAAGCAUUAAGCCUUUUGGCUUUUGCCACCGCAGUCUUGUGUCAAAGUUACGCAUUCACCGGAACCACCACUUUAACCCAAGAUGAAUUUUGUCAAUACAACAGCAUCUCGCACAGCCAGUGUGAUAAACAGUUUGAAGCCUAUUUGAGAAAAAACCCUAGUCUAAAGAAAUGCUCUAGCAGCAGUCCAAUUUUCUCAAACCGUUGUCCAUCGAGCGAUGAGGUUCGAACUACUAGUACGGCCAGCAAUAAUUACGAUGUGGCCUCGUCCAAUGCCGUUGAUCGAGCCACGGAACCAACCACGAUUCCAGGCAUACAAAUUCAAAGGGGUGAUGAAGACAUCGAAACUCCCCCGGCGACCAAUGUUACAUACAGUAGAAAAAUAAUGGACUUUUCGCUCCGGCUGUUCCAAACAGCCUUCCCCAAAGGCAGUCCUGACAACUACAUCCUGAGCCCCGUCAUGGUUCAAACACUACUUUCCUACCUGAACGAUGGUGCAUCGGAGGCUACACGCCAGGAAAUGAAAACGAUUCUACAGCUUAGCACGAAUGAUCUCAAAGAGAUAUGCGGCGUAUUUCAACCAAAAUCUACGGCAGAAGAACAACCAAAAUACAAACUUGAUGUUGCCUCGCAGAUUUUCAAAUCGCCUCAGAUCGAGCUCUUGCCCGCAUUUCAGGAUUCGCUCAACCGAAACAAAGUGCCGUUGCAGGAAAUGGAUUUUACCAAUCCACGUGUCGCGGCCAAUGAAAUCAACCACUGGGUCAGCAUAACUACUCGCGAGAAAAUUACUUCCAUUAUUGAUGAACGUUCUUUGAAUCCGGCUACCCAGCUCAUGCUGCUGAAUGCUAUCUACUUCAACGGAACCUGGCUGUACAGUUUCAAUAACACAUCACGCGAUACCUUCUAUUUGGGAGGAGAUAAGCAACAUCCGUGCAAUAUGAUGACGCUCUCUCAUAAGCUCCGUUACGGCUACACGGGUCCUAACGAAGACGAUCAGAAGCUGUUGUGGGUCGAGCUCCCAUACAGCGGCGAUGAGAUGUCUAUGAUUCUGCUGCUCCCUGCAAAGCGUUUCAAACUAGAUGAAGAGCUGCUAAACUUCAAAAUAGGCGAUUUGGAAAACAUACUCGCAGAGAUCGAAAAGAACGAUAAGGGAAAAAUUAAGGUGAAGCUACCAGUUUUCAAAGCUGAAAGUGAGGUUGCGCUCGUUAAACCACUACAACAGAUGGGUUUGCGAAGUGUGUUUAGUGACGGAAAACCAUUCGCCAAAUUAUCCAACACUGAUGUAAAAAUUUCAAAUGUCAAACAAAAGUCGUUUUUAUCUGUUAACGAGCGUGGAACGACUGCAACCAGCGUUACGGUGGGAACUAUUAUUCCACUCAGCCUGCCUCGGAAUGCGGAGUUCAUUGCCGAUCAACCGUUUGCUGCUAUAAUCAUUGACAAAAAGUCAAAAAUACCCUUGUUCAUCGCUAGAAUCAGUAAGCCUGAAAGACAGAAAAGGUCGGUCAACUAAAGGAAAAACUACGAAAUUGAUAUUCGCUGCUGGUUGACAUUCCAAUAAUCGCAACGUUUUUUUAAUUGGUGGAAAUAGAUCUUUGAAUAAAUAUUUGAUAAAAAUAAUGAAUACUGUUUGAAACCAACACAUGUCUCUAAUAGUUUUACCGUUUCUACUACAGUAAAAAGAAGUGCUGUAUGGAUAAGCCGCAUUUACAAAGCAUCAAAUAA